AUGCAUCAGCUUAGACUUCCCCUGCAGCUGCUCCGCUCCGCCCGGGCUGCUCGUCCCAGACCUGCUCGACGCUUCGCAACAGAGGCUCGGUUAACGACGGAUCAUGUUCGCAUCGUCGAGGUUGGUCCCCGGGAUGGACUGCAGAAUGAGAAGAAGUCGAUAUCGCUAGAAACAAAACUUGAGUUGAUCGAGCGACUUUCAAAGACCGGUGUGACUACCAUUGAGGCAGGUUCGUUCGUGCCUGCAAAGUGGGUGCCGCAGAUGGCCAGUACAUCGGAAAUCCUUCAGCAUCUUAUCAAAACACCUCCCCAGUCUCACAAUCAAAUAGCCUACAACUACCUCGUCCCAAACAUCAGAGGCUUGGAAAACUUGAUCAAGGUCCUGGAAGCUGAAGGCGCCACUGCGGGUUCUCGUGGUGAUUCCAAAUCCACCACAACUACCGAAGUAUCCCUGUUUGCAGCUGCAACAGAGUCCUUCUCAAAGGCGAACACAAACUGCUCGAUCUCCGAAUCUAUCGAACGAGCACGCCCGAUCGUGACCUUGGCAAAGGAAAAAGACAUCCGAGUCCGAGGGUAUGUGUCUGUCGCGUUGGGCUGCCCGUACGAGGGAACGGAUGUUUCGCCGUCCAAGGUUGCUGAGAUCACAGCGACGUUACUGGAAAUGGGAGCGGAUGAAGUCUCAGUUGCAGAUACGACGGGGAUGGGCACGGCACCGCGAACACUGGAGCUCUUGCGCGCACUCGCAGCGGCAGGCAUUGCUAACAGCGACCUCGCCCUUCACUUUCACGAUACAUACGGACAGGCACUCGUCAAUACAGUCGUCGGUCUGGAACACGGUAUUAGAAUAUUCGACAGCAGUGUUGGUGGUUUAGGAGGCUGUCCAUAUUCCAAGGGGGCUACUGGCAAUGUCGCUACAGAAGACCUGGUCCACACUCUCCAUGGUUUGGGCAUGCAUACGGGAAUCGACCUGGAAGAGAUGUCAAGAAUUGGGGCUUGGAUUAGUGGUGAACUCGGUCGUGCUAACGACAGCAGGGCAGGCAAGGCAACUGUUGCGCGCCUUGCUGGAGAAAAGCCAUGUUCUUGA